AUGAAAGAAUUGGUUAUUGAUAAUGGAACAGUCAAACAGGAACACGAAAGUCGAUGGUUCAGAAAAGUUGAUAGAAAUGCGAAAUUUUUGCAUGCAGUUGAGAAAGAGAUGCUAAUGAAAUGGACAACUGAUUCGACUAACAAUGAGAAAUUAGCAACAUUUUUACAAAGUAUAUAUGAAAAAGAAGCACGGCUUCAUCCUCUUUCGACACAAUCUUUAUCAGUGAGUGGAAGUUUCGUACUCCCAAAAGCUAUCUUCAUACCUCCUUCACAGGUUGUCAUAUUAGCAGCUGAAUAUGAUGCAGAUAUGACCAUUCAAGAAUUAAUACCAAGACUUGUAACAUCAGGAAAAAUCAAAGAACAAGAAAGAAGAAUAUUUUAUGCUAAAAAUUUGUUGAUGGUAGUAGCCAAUCAGAGACGUGCCAUGCAUAUGACGAAAAUCUUGUUUGAACUUGGACGAAAUAUUGUUGCCAACAGUUCGUGGACAUUUGAAGAUACUGCAAAAGUCCUCGUCAGCCGUAUUCUUCCACCGAUGUUGGAAUGUCAUUUGUGUAAUUUCAAAACAGAAUCACUGAUUAUUCUUGAAGCUCACAAGGAAAUACCGCACUAUGUCCGACACAGAUACCGUUGCUCCUAUUGCAUUCAAUUCUUCGUUAAUUUCCAUGAAAUAAGAACUCAUUUCCUUCGAAAACAUCAUGUAAUAGCUCGCAGCGAUUAUCAGAACACGUUGGAAUGUCCUUCUUGUGGAAAAUUAUGCAGCAGCGAGUUCAUCUUGAAGAAACAUAGAAAGCUCUGUUGUUUUGCAAAGACCGGAUAUACUAUGUCUGCAACGAAAAAGCAAGCUUCAUGCGCAGUCAGUGAGAUUAUGUGUAAUACAGAGAUUGAUUGUGAUCUGUCACACCAGAAAUCCGAACGCUGUAUUUCACGGAAGCUAGUAAAUCAAGAGGAAAAUAGUCUUAUACGAAAAGGAAGUGCGCAAUGUUGGAUUCAGGAAGAUUUCAGCACUGAAGAUUUUGUUAAAUUUUAA